CAACAAAUAAAACUGAUUCCCCUUUUUCGCUCUCUCUCUCUCUCUCUCUCGGCUUUGUUUGCAAAGUUUCAAACGCCAUGACCGCCUUUGCUACUGCUGCAGCUCUCUCUCUACCCAACUCUCUAUUCCGAUCAUCUAAGCUCAACUGUAAGAAGGGUGUUAGAGGAGGGUUUGGCGUGCUUGCAGUGUUAGGGGAGGAAGGUGGGUUGUUAGAUAAGAAGAGUACAUGGGGUCCACUCUUCGACGUGGAGGAUCCGAGGUCUAAGAUGCCACAGUUUAAAGGGAAGUUCUUGGAUUUUUAUCAAGCACUUGAAGUUGCGAGAUAUGAUAUUCAGUACUGUGAUUGGCGAGCUCGGCAAGAUCUGCUUACUAUCAUGAUCCUUCAUGAAAAGGUUGUUGAAGUUCUAAAUCCCUUAGCUCGUGAUUACAAGUCUAUUGGUACCAUGAAGAAGGAGCUUGCGGAGUUGCAAGAUGAGUUAGCCCAAGCUCACAGACAGGUUCAUAUAUCUGAAGCAAGGGUUGCUACUGCUUUGGAUAAACUAGCUUACAUGGAAGAAUUGGUUAAUGAUAGGCUGUUACAAGAUAGAAACCAAGCAGAGCCUGACCAAGAAUCCCCUUCUCCCAGCACUUCGACUCAAUCUCUGGAUACUGUAAAACGAAAUUCGCCUCGGAAAAGCUUGAAUGUGUCAGGUCCAGUUCAACCUUACCAUCCUCGCCUUAAGAAUUUCUGGUAUCCUGUUGCUUUCACCACUGAUCUGAAGGAUGACACAAUGAUUCCAAUUGAUUGUUUCGAGGAACCAUGGGUUCUCUUUCGUGGCAAAGAUGGGAAACCAGGAUGUGUUCGAAACACCUGUGCACAUAGAGCAUGUCCUCUCCACCUUGGUUCAGUGAAUGAGGGUCGAAUCCAAUGUCCUUACCACGGCUGGGAAUACUCAACAGAUGGAAAAUGUGAGAAAAUGCCUUCCACAAGAUUACUUGAUGUGAAGGUAAAAUCAUUGCCAUGUUUUGAGCAAGAAGGCAUGAUCUGGAUUUGGCCUGGUAGUGACCCUCCUGCAGCAAGCCUUCCGUCAUUACAACCCCCUCCAGGUUUUCAAGUCCAUGCUGAGAUUGUGAUGGAACUUCCAGUGGAACACGGCCUACUUCUGGACAACCUUUUAGAUCUCGCACACGCCCCUUUUACUCACACAUCCACCUUCGCCAAGGGGUGGACCGUUCCAAGCUUGGUGAAAUUUUUGACGCCUGCAUCUAGCCUCCAAGGGUAUUGGGAUCCUUAUCCCAUAGAUAUGGAAUUUCGACCACCUUGCAUGGUGUUAUCAACCAUUGGGAUCUCAAAGCCUGGAAAACUAGAGGGUCAAAGCACCAGGGAGUGUGCAACUCACCUUCACCAACUUCAUGUUUGCUUGCCUUCCUCAAGACAAAAGACUAGGCUAUUAUACAGAAUGUCACUGGAUUUUGCUGGCGUGCUGAAGCACUUUCCUUUCAUGCAUUACCUAUGGAAACAUUUUGCUGAACAGGUCUUGAACGAGGAUCUACGACUAGUCCUCGGCCAGCAAGAGCGGAUGAUCAACGGUGCCAACGUGUGGAAUUGGCCAGUAUCUUAUGAUAAACUAGGAGUAAGAUACAGACUAUGGAGAGAUGCUGUUGAAAGAGGAGCAAAGCAAUUGCCGUUCAGGAAAUCAACGUAAAGAAAAACAAACUCUAGAAUGGAUUAUACUUCUCUGGUAAUCGGCCCCCGCUUCCACCUUAACAAUCUCGCAUUCGCUUGCAAAUGAAGCCAAUCACUGUUGAACGGUAGUGUGGUUUAGGUUUUGGUCUCUCAAAAGAAGAGUCGCAAGAAACUCAGCGGAAAUUGUUAAUUGAUCCGAGGCAGAGAAGAGAUAAUGGUGAUCUGUACAGCACAAAGCCCUUGUAAAAUUAAGAGAAACUGUACACUACCAUUAUUAAUUUUGUGUACAGCAAAAUCUUUUUCUUUUUCUUCUUUUCCUUACUUUCCUUUUGAUUCCUCUUCCAGCCAAUGAAGACAUCAUCAAGAUUUUUUUUUCCCAAUUCUUGAAAAACACUUAAAGUGUUGGACUAUCUCUUACCAUUGUGAGAUGUAAAUUUCUGUAUCGUAAUAUAUUAUCAUGUCUCAUGGAAGGUGUUUUAACA